GUACAGUGGCGCUAGAAUCGUUCUCUUUUCCAAGAGAAAAAUACUUCGACCGUCGGCGACGCGUAAUAAUUGCUUUAUCGUAAGGUGUCGUAAAAAUUAACUUACUGAAAAUCUACGAAUCUAGCCAUGGCGGAUGUUUUGGAUAUCGAUAAUGCUGAGGAGUUCGAAGUUGACGACGAAGGAGAUCAGGGUAUCGCUCGUCUUAAGGAAAAAGCGAAAAAAAGGAAAGGUAGAGGCCAUGGUGCAGAGCUAGUGUCAACAAGAGAUGAUGUUGGUCAUUACGAGUCCAUGAAUGUAGUUGAAGAAGAUGAUAAUGAGCCUGGUCCUCAGAGAUCUGUGGAAGGAUGGAUCUUGUUUAUAAAUUCGGUGCAUGAAGAGGCACAGGAGGACGAUAUUCAGGACAAGUUCUCUGAAUUUGGUCAAAUCAAGAACUUGCAUUUAAAUCUUGAUAGAAGAACAGGAUUCCUGAAAGGCUAUGCGUUGGUGGAAUAUGAGACAUUUAAGGAAGCACAAGCUGCAAAGGAAGCUCUAAACGGCACAGAAAUCUUAGGUCAAGCUAUUUCUGUCGAUUGGUGUUUUGUAAAAGGACCAAAGAAAAUCCGAAAAAGAAGUCACAGGAGGCGAUGAGUAUUAUAGAUUAAUGACUAUGAUCAUAUCUUCUAUUAUGCAUCGUUAUUUCAAACAAAAUAAGGUUAUUUUAUAUUUGAUAAGCAUUCUGAAAAAUGCUGGGAAUUACAUAUAAAUUCUCUUUUCAACAAGAUUUUGCUCUUGUAUUAAUUAUCUAUUUAAUUGUAAACAACUUUAUAUGCAGUCAUUGGUAAUAAAUAGAAAAUUAGGAAUU